AACUAUAAGUAGAUACUCACGCAAACUUAUGAGGAACAACAAUUGCUUCCAUUUAUUUGUUUGCCAUUUGAGAUAUACUUCGUUCAUCUCCGAAGCUUUUUCUCCACCUCUAUUGGGAAUCCGUGAUAGUAUUCCGGUUGAUAGUUGUUUAAAUUUGGCCGUAGCUAUCAUCAUCCCUCACUGCGGCUGCCACCUUCAUUGCGAUUUCUAAACUUGGAAGCAUUUUUCAUUUAAGCAUGUCUACCGCCUUGCAUGCAAAGUUGGCUUGCAUUGAAAUCGAGCUGCUUUUUGAUGUUUCAAAAAUCACUCUUAGCAAACACCAAAGAAAAUGGCGUUCUGCUUUUGCCACAAUCUACUGCUCUAGAGCCUUCAACCUUUCACUACCAAAAUAUAAAAACACCAAAUUAUCUCCAUCUCCUUCUCAUACCGCCAUUACUGUUGAGCCAUCAUAUAGCUUAUUCCAAAUUGAUCAAACUACCCUCACUAACCUUGUCAAGCAGAAAAAUCUCAACCAGCUUCAGGAGCUAGGAGGGGUUGAAGAAAUUGCCACCGAUCUCAAAACUGACGCAGAGCACGGAGUCCAUGGCGGCGAUGAUCCAGAAGACGACAUUGCGAAAAGACUCAAAGCAUUCGGCUCGAACACGUACAAGAAGCCACCAACAAAAGGGUUCUUCCACUUUGUGUGGGAGGCCUUCAAAGACCUCACAAUUCUCAUCCUCUUAGGCUGCGCUACGCUUUCUCUUGGCUUGGGAAUCAAAGUGCACGGUCUAAAAGAUGGAUGGAUCGAUGGCGGAAGCAUAUUUCUUGCAAUCAUUCUGGUAAUUUCUGUUUCUGCUGUGAGUAAUUUUAGACAAAACAGACAGUUUGAUAAGUUGUCUAAAGUCAGCGACAAUGUCCAAAUCGAAGCCGUGAGAGGCGGCAGGCGCCAACAGAUUUCGAUAUUCGAAAUUGUAGUUGGUGAUGUCAUUUGUUUAAAGAUCGGAGACCAAGUUCCGGCUGAUGGAUUGUUUCUAGACGGCCAUUCGUUACAAGUAGACGAAUCGAGCAUGACAGGGGAGAGUGAUCAUGUCGAAAUUAGUCACCACCAGAAUCCUUUCUUGUUUUCCGGCACAAAAGUGGCUGAUGGCUACGCUCGGAUGCUUGUCACCUCUGUUGGAAUGAACACGACAUGGGGCGAAAUGAUGAGCCAAAUCAGCCGCGACAAUGGUGAAGAGACGCCUCUGCAAGCUCGGCUCAACAAGCUAACGUCAUCGAUUGGUAAAGUCGGUUUGGUAGUUGCACUUUUAGUCCUGAUUGUCUUGAUGGUUAGGUACUUCACUGGAAAUACAGAGGACGAGAAUGGAAACCGGGAGUAUAAUGGCAGCAAGACUAAAGUUGACGACAUAUUAAACGCGGUUGUAGGGAUUGUUGCUGCUGCGGUUACAAUUGUUGUGGUGGCAAUUCCGGAAGGCCUGCCUCUGGCUGUGACUCUAACGCUUGCGUAUUCGAUGAAGAGAAUGAUGGUAGAUAAGGCGAUGGUAAGGAAGCUUUCUGCUUGUGAGACGAUGGGGUCUGCCACCGUCAUUUGUACCGAUAAAACAGGCACUCUCACCAUGAAUGAAAUGAAGGUGACCAAGUUUUGGCUAGGGGAGGAACCUGUGGAAGAAGAGGCGUAUUCGUCCAUAUCACCUUUUGUUCGUAACUUGAUUCAUGAAGGGGUUGCUCUGAACACAACCGGGAGUGUGUUCCGGCCUAAUUCGGGUUCGGAAAUUGAAAUCUCGGGGAGUCCUACUGAGAAGGCGAUUCUUUCGUGGGCAGUGCAUGGGGCGAAGAUGGAUAUGCAGAAAGUGGUGAAGAGUUGCAGCAUUCUCUAUGUCGAGGCCUUCAAUUCGCAGAAGAAACGAAGCGGGGUUUUGAUGAAGCGGAAGGUGGACGAUUCUGUUCAAGCACAUUGGAAAGGAGCUGCAGAGAUGGUAUUAGCAAUGUGCACAAGUUACUACAAUGCAUCCGGAGUUGUUAAAGAUAUGGAUGAGAACGCGAAAUUGAAAUUUGAGCAGAUUAUCCAAGGUAUGGCGGCGAGCAGCCUCAGAUGCAUUGCUUUUGCACACACAGAAAUUGAGGUACAAGAGCAAGUGGAUGAUCAAGAACAUAAAAAUUUGCUAAAAGAAGAUGGAUUGACACUAUUAGGCCUUGUUGGGUUAAAAGAUCCAUGCCGGCCGGGGGUGAAGAAAGCUGUUGAAGACUGUCAACGUGCAGGGGUGAAUGUUAAAAUGAUCACAGGCGACAAUGUGUUCACUGCAAAAGCAAUAGCCACAGAAUGCGGGAUACUCAAGCCCGAUCAGGACAUGUUCUUCAGCAGUGCAGUGAUAGAAGGCGUGCAAUUUCGCAACUACACAGCCGAAGAAAGAAUGGAGAAGGUGGACAAAAUCUGUGUGAUGGCAAGGUCCUCCCCCUUUGACAAGCUUCUCAUGGUGCAGUGCUUGAAACAGCUAGGCCAUGUGGUGGCGGUAACAGGGGAUGGCACGAACGAUGCGCCUGCAUUGAAAGAAGCUGACAUCGGACUUUCCAUGGGGAUUCAAGGCACAGAAGUCGCGAAAGAGAGCUCGGAUAUCGUGAUCAUGGACGACAACUUUUCGUCGGUGGCCACAGUUUUAAGGUGGGGAAGAUGUGUUUACGAAAACAUCCAGAAGUUCAUCCAAUUCCAACUCACCGUCAAUGUCGCAGCGCUGGUGAUCAACUUUGUAGCAGCAAUUUCUGCUGGUGAAGUCCCGUUAACAGCUGUUCAAUUACUGUGGGUGAAUUUGAUCAUGGACACACUAGGUGCUCUGGCUCUCGCCACAGAGAAGCCAACAAAAGAGCUCAUGAAGAAAAAACCGGUUGGGAGGACGGAGCCUCUGAUCACCAAUAUAAUGUGGAGGAACCUCCUGCCUCAAGCACUCUACCAGAUUGCAAUCCUCCUGACAUUGCAGUUCAAAGGAAAAUCGAUCUUCGGUGUGGAGGAGAAGGUGAAGGACACACUGAUCUUCAACACAUUUGUGCUGUGCCAGGUGUUCAAUGAGUUCAAUGCAAGGAAGCUCGAGAAGAAGAAUGUGUUCAGAGGAAUCCACACCAACAAGUUGUUUUUGGGAAUUAUUGGUGUCACAAUUUUGCUGCAGGUGGUGAUGGUGGAGUUUUUGAAGAAGUUUGCAGAUACAGAAAGGUUGAAUUGGGGGCAAUGGGGUGCUUGUGUUGGUAUUGCAGCAGUCUCUUGGCCAAUUGGUUGGAUUGUCAAGUCGAUUCCUGUUCCUGAGACUCCUAUUUUCAGCUAUCUCAAGAUGAAGAAGUCGAAGAAGAACUCUAUUUGAAGUACCUUUGAUUUUGAAGGAUUGAAGAACCAAUUCGGUAGCGACACUGCCGGACAUUCGACUUCCUCUGGAACAAAACAUGAUCAAAUGGACGAAUUUUGGAGUGAUUCAAAUUGGAGAACGUUCGUGUGUCUCUUGCCGUCUUUGUGUCAAAGUUUCAGAUUUUUCUAACAAGCCGUUUGACCGUGGCGAUGAAAUAAAGACCCAGCGCGCAGCUUUCUCGAAUUGACGUUUCUAAAUGUUUUGGGUAUUUUGGAGGUCAAUGUGGCAUAUUUUGAGAAAGAUUCCUUCUGAGGAUUUGUAGGGGACGUCUUCAGCUUUCAAA